CUUUUACAUCAUCACUUCCUGGUGUUGUGUCAGCCAUAUUGGCAUGGGGGAUAGAUGACAAUUUCACCUUAGCCGAAGAGCUACGUUUUUGUUAUUUUUGAAAGUUUUUCGAGGGCGUAUUCGAUAUAGAUUAAAGGGAUAUCGAUAUAUCACCCCAACUGGACCCUGGUCGAUCCCGUAGAGGGCGUUGAAAGAGAUGAGCAACAGCUUAAACAAGAGGGCCCCAACAACAGCAACACAGAGGUUAAAACAGGACUAUCUGCGGAUCAAGAAAGAUCCGGUACCAUACAUCUGCGCAGAACCGCUACCAUCCAACAUUUUGGAAUGGCAUUAUUUAGUGCGUGGUCCCGAGAAAACUCCGUAUGAAGGAGGAUACUAUCACGGCAAGCUCAUUUUUCCACGGGAAUUCCCCUUCAAACCUCCGAGCAUAUACAUGAUCACACCCAACGGAAGAUUCAAAUGCAACACAAGGUUAUGUCUUUCCAUCACAGAUUUUCACCCGGACACAUGGAACCCAGCGUGGUCCGUCUCCACCAUCUUAACCGGGCUCCUGAGCUUUAUGGUUGAAAAAGGCCCGACCCUCGGGAGUAUUGAAACCUCUGACUUUACAAAAAGACAGCUGGCCUCGCAAAGCCUUGCGUUCAACAUCAAAGACAAAGUCUUUUGCGAACUGUUUCCAGAUGUUGUUGAAGAGAUCAAGCAGAAGCAGCGUAUGCAGGAAGAGCUCAGGUCCCGCGCUCAAGCCUUGCCUCUCCCCGACGUGGUGCCCGAUGGCGAAGCCCACCAAGUGCAAAAUGGGCACCUGCCCCUAAAUGGGCAUCUGCCCGCAGGUGCGGCCCACCCGCCCGACGUACAGCAGGUCAAUCGUAACCAUGGACUCCUGGGUGGAGCGCUUGCUAACUUGUUCGUCAUCGUGGGCUUCGCAGCCUUCGCCUACACGGUCAAAUACGUUUUGCGGAGCAUCGCGCAGGAGUGAAUGGCACAAUGCGGGAAUACGGCGGAAAGGACAUGAGGCUGGAGCUGUUCUUACGACCAAAAUAGGUAGCGAGAAACCGGAAAAGUUUCUCUCAACCAUAUGUAAAGAAGUCCCAUUAUGAAAUUGAGAGCUUUGUGAUUUUCUCUCUAGCGGGGAGCCAGACAGACCUUCUGUAACAUAGCCAGGUCAACGUCAUAUCACAUGAUGGCUUUAUUAAUAUGUAAGGAAAUUUAACCAAUUUUCUACCGUACCCUAUUCCUUAAGAAAGCCAAACGUGUGUGACCAUAAACGGGCGUUUUAAUCCUCAUCAGUUGAAUCAGCAUUAUUUUUUCAUAUUUCUCAUUGAUCUAAAAGAUUUUAAAAUCUGGACGCCGAGCAGUUUUUAUGUGGAAGAUUCAAAGUAAAAAUAUCGCAGUCCAAUCUUUCCUAAAACAUAAAAGAGUUCUGACGUGUGUUACUAGAUGCAUUGCUGUGGCCGAUAACCCAAACUAUUUUAUUUAAUGGAAAUGGUGCGACUGCAGACAUGCUUUACUUACGGAGAUUGGUUCUUAAAUGCAUUUGUACUCGCUUGCGCUGUGUCAACCAUAACCAGUUAAGAUGGAAAUGGCCUGAAAUAAGUCAUUGUGAUGCUGAGCUCCAAGUGUACAUUAAGGGGUCACUGUCUGCCCGAAGAAAAGCGUAUAAACUCAUUUUUCAGGCCAUGUAACACUAUAUGUUUUGUGCAAUAUGUAGGAUUGUCGGCACUAUUCGGCUUUCAUGAUAAACAGCAGCACUUCAAGGGUUGUGAUUUAUGCAAUAAUUCUCAGUUACAAUACAUUUUCUUAUAGGUAGGAAGGAGAAUAUUAAUUUGGGUAAUUAAAUCUUACAAGUUUCCUGUUGUACUGUAACAAGUUGUUUCUUAGGAAAUUAAGUCACUUAAUUUCCUAAAAUCACUUAAUUGCACAAAUACGAAAGAAGUCAACGUCUAGUUUGCUGAGAUCUACAUGCACUCUUUUUGGAUGGGUACAGAUGUGUCACCGUCUGACUCGGGUAAAUGAAUGCUCUCGUCAUAACAGUAUAUAUUCUGGUGUUUUGAUGAUUUCCCAAAUGUCAAAAAUACUAGAAGUAAUGCUUUUUUCCAGCAUCUUCAACGAACACUGUUGAUCGAUAUCCUUACCUUUAGAGGAGCGUGUAAUCAGAGAUAGUCAUGUUGUGUUUACAUUUUGAAUAAAUAAUAUUCUGUUAAAGAAA